GUGUCUUUAAGGCAUGCUCAUUUGCAACUAUUGCUUGAUAUAUACAACAAUUUAACAAGAAAAGCCUACCUGUACAUCGACGCCUACAUUCCAACACAAUUACAAUGGGCGACACCGAAUUCUGCAUUGAUAUCUCGCCUGAAUGUCCGGUUGAAGCCACAAUCUACGGGUACACACCAAAUCUCGCCGCCAACACGUUUUUCGCGGGUUUCUUCGGUCUUGCCCUCAUCGCUCAGCUUUACUUUGGUAUCCGCCACAAGACAUGGACUUACAUGAUCGGCGUUGGACUGGGAUGUUUGGCUGAAUGCCUUGGGUAUGUUGGCAGGGUGCUGCUCAACAGGAAUCCUUGGAGUGAAACUGGAUUCACAAUCCAGAUUGUCAUGCUCAUCUUUGCGCCCGCCUUCUUGGCUGCUGGUAUCUAUUUGACACUGAAACAUGUGGUCAUCCAGUUUGGCGAAGAGUGGAGCAGAGUCAGACCGAGUUGGUACACGUAUAUCUUCAUCGCUUGUGACAUUUCUUCGUUAGUUAUGCAGAGUGCGGGUGGAGCGCUCGCGGCCACGGCAGACCCGGGAGAGAGCAUCGGAGACGUCGGGACAGAUCUCAUGAUUGCGGGUAUCAUCUGGCAGGUUGUCGUACUUGCUAUAUUCGGCCUACUCGUACUGGAGUACAGCUUCCGCACCUACCGCCGACGCGAUCACCUCUCCGCUUCGGCGCUCACACUCUGGUCAAACCGACGCUUCCGAUUCUUCUGCGGUGCUGUUGUAGUCGCAUACACCGCUAUAUUUGUUCGAUGCGUGUACCGCAUACCCGAGUUACUCGGAGGCUGGGGAGGUGAACUUAUGCGCAACGAGCUUGAGUUCAUCAUACUAGAGGGUGCGAUGAUCGCGAUUACGGUGGCGGCGCAAACCGUAUUUCACCCGGGACUGUGCUUCCCUGCGCUGGGCAAUACCAUAGGCAAGCAGAAGUACGUCAAGGCUGGUAAAUCGGAAUCGGAGAUUGAAAUGAUGAUGCCAGGCGAGACGGCAUCUAGGAGGGAUAUAGCGUACGAGGCUUCUAGGGCAUAGUUUGAGACUGGAGGAGGGGAGACGAUGACCGUUCUGUAGUCCGACGUGAAGAUGGAGUUGUGUUAGGAUCCGGCGCAAACCAUACAGGCGAAUAGCAUGUUUCUCUAGAAUUAGAUGGAUGCUUUAGAUGGUGUACAUGGGAGCAAGGGCGACCAGUGAUGCAAUGCGCUUUCUUACUCGUUAGCGUCAAGCUAGGCUAGAACCGCGGCCUCUCACGAAUUGAUUGUCAACUUGCAGCAUGC